GACGCCUUACUGGCAGACCUGGAAUCCACCACCUCACAUAUCUCCAAACGACCGGUGUUUCUAACAGAGGAGACGCCUUACUCCUAUCCAACUGGAAACCACACAUACCAGGAGAUUGCUGUGCCACCUCCAGUGCCCCCACCACCUUCCAAUGAGGCCCUGAAUGGCACUGUGAUUGACCCCUUAGACCAGUGGCAACCCAACGUAUCCAGAUACGUCCACCAGCAACCUCAGUCCCAGUCUCCUAUAUACAGCUCUAGUGCCAAAAGCUCCAGUGCCUCCAUUCCUAGAGACGGGCUCAGCUCUCCUUCUCCACGUGCCAGUGAAGAGGAACACGUCUACAGUUUCCCAAACAAGCAGAAGUCUGCAGAACCAUCUCCCACGAUGACCAGCUCGUCUUUGGGCAGCAACCUCUCAGAACUGGACAGACUUCUUCUGGAACUGAAUGCUGUUCAACAUAAUCCUGCUAGUGGCUUUCCAGCAGAUGAAGCCAGCAGAAGCCCAUCACUGCCCAGCAUGACUGGACCUCACUAUGUCAUCCCAGAGAGCAGCAGCUCUGUGGGAGGGAAGGCUGCACCCCCUACAAAAGAAAAGCCAAAGCGAAAUGGUGCACGUGGGAUCGAAGAUGUGCGUCCCAGUGUGGAGAGCCUGCUGGAUGAGCUGGAGAGCUCUGUGCCAAGUCCAGUCCCUGCAAUCACUGUGAGCCAAGGUGAGGUGAGCAGCCCUCAACGGGUCACCGCCAGUCAGCAGCAGACCCGUAUAUCUGCUUCUUCAGCUACACGAGAACUGGAUGAGCUGAUGGCAUCUCUCUCUGACUUUAAGUUCAUGGCGCAGGGGAAAGCCGGGAGCAGCUCCCCUCCAUCCACAGCCUCCAAGCCUGGCAGUCAGCUGGACACCAUGCUGGGAAGUCUCCAGUCUGACCUGAAUAAACUGGGUGUAGCUACGGUUGCCAAAGGUGUCUGUGGAGCCUGCAAGAAGCCUAUUGCUGGGCAGGUAGUUACAGCCAUGGGGAAAACCUGGCACCCUGAGCACUUCGUCUGCACCCACUGCCAGGAGGAGAUUGGGUCACGUAACUUCUUUGAGCGGGAUGGUCAGCCCUACUGCGAGAAGGACUAUCACAACCUCUUCUCCCCUCGCUGCUACUACUGCAAUGGGCCGAUCCUUGAUAAAGUGGUGACGGCUUUGGACAGGACAUGGCACCCUGAACACUUUUUCUGUGCCCAGUGUGGAGCUUUCUUUGGACCUGAAGGAUUUCAUGAGAAGGAUGGCAAAGCCUAUUGCCGCAAAGACUACUUUGACAUGUUUGCUCCUAAGUGUGGAGGCUGUGCCCGGGCUAUCCUGGAGAACUACAUCUCUGCCUUGAACACCCUGUGGCACCCUGAAUGCUUUGUCUGUCGGGAAUGUUUCACACCGUUCAUCAAUGGCAGCUUCUUUGAGCAUGAUGGGCAGCCCUACUGCGAGGUGCAUUACCACGAGCGUCGUGGCUCGCUCUGCUCCGGUUGCCAGAAGCCUAUCACAGGACGCUGCAUCACUGCUAUGGGCAAGAAAUUUCACCCCGAACACUUUGUCUGUGCCUUCUGCCUCAAGCAGCUCAACAAAGGAACCUUCAAAGAACAGAACGACAAGCCCUACUGCCAGAACUGCUUUCUCAAGCUCUUCUGUUAGAGGCAUCAUAGAUGGCCGCUAAGCAUCUUUCUGCCACCCCCUUGGCAGUUCUGUCUCUCUGAACAUUACUGUGAUUUAGAAACGUUACCAGGCAGGGGAGGAGGGUGGGGGUGGGGUGGGGUGGGAGUGCUUUCUGCUGCUAUGGAGAGGCAGUAGAUCCAGAGAUGAGAUGGACCAUUAAACUGGAAAUGCCCUUGCUGUGUCUCAGUAGAGAGAGGCUGAGUCCCCUCAUUACCGUGUGCGUGUCUGUGUGUGUGACUGACAGCUGAGCUUAGCUUGAGGGCUCCAACAGGGAGAUUUUACCCAGCCCCCUCCUGGCAGAAGGAAUCUUUGCCAGUAUGUUUCAGCCUGUGUCAGCUCCCUGAGCGAAUCGUGACAGUUGCAGACAGCACAGCCCUCU